ACAUUAUAGUCAAGUCAAUACUGCAUAACGGAAUCAUUGUAUAUCGGUACAAAAAUGGGAAAAUCAUUAACUUUCUUUUACAUUGUAAUUAUAGCCGUAGCGUCCUUUGUAGUCGUCGAAAUUGAUGCAAACGAAAACGGAGAAAACGCAAAUGCACAACGAGCACCCGCUCCGCUCGCUGAUACAACCAGCGGGCAAUCUCAAAUCACCACCGAAUCAAAAACAACCGAUAAUUCUAAAUUCGCCCCACAAUUUGCUGCCACCAAUGAUACUUCCGACGUCCCCAAAGCCGACGAAGCCGCCGCCGAUAAAGCCGACGCCACCAAAGCCGACGCUUCGACAGCUGACGACCCCAAAGCCGAAAAAUCCGACGACGGCAAAGCGGACACCCCCAAAGCCGACGCCCCCAAACCCGACGUACUCAAAGCAGACUCCACCAAACCGGACGUUCCCACAGCUGACGCCCCCAAACCCGACGCCUCCAAAGCCGACGUUCCAAAAGCUGAAGCUGCCGUAGCCGACGACGCAGACGCCCCCAAAGCCGCCGUCCCAAAAGUUGACGCUGCCGUAGCCGACGCCACCAAACCCGACGCUCCCACAGCUGACGACCCCAAAGCCGACGCCGAAAAAUCCGACGACGGCAAAGCGGACACCCCCAAAGCCGACGCCCCCAAACCCGACGUUCCCACAGCUGACGCCCCCAAACCCGACGCCCCUAAAACCGACGUCCCAAAAGCUGAAGCUGCCGUAGCCGACGACGCAGACGCCCCCAAAGCCGCCGUCCCAAAAGUUGACGCUGCCGUAGCCGACACCCCCAAAUCCGACGCCCCUAAAGCCGACGCACCCAAAGCCGACGCACCCAAAGCCGACGCUGAAAAAUCCGACGACGGCAAAGGCGACACCCCCAAACCCGACGUUCCCACAGCAGACGCCCCCAAACCCGACGCCCCUAAAACCGACGCCUCCAAAGCCGACGUCCCAAAAGCUGAAGCUGCCGUAGCCGACGACGCAGACGCCCCCAAAGACGACGGCAAAGCGGACACCCCCAAAGCCGACGCCCCAAAACCCGACGCCCCCAAAGCCGACGCUGAAAAAUCCGACGACGGCAAAGGCGACACCCCCAAACCCAACGUUCCCACAGCUGACGCCCCCAAACCCGACGCCUCCAAAGCCGACGUCCCAAAAGCUGAAGCUGCCGUAGCCGACGACGCAGACGCCCCCAAAGACGACGGUAAAGCGGACACCCCCAAAGCCGACGCCCCAAAACCCGACGGACCCAAACCCGACGUUCCCACAGCUGACGCCCACAAAUCCGACGCCCCUAAAACCGACGCUUCCAAAGCCGACGUCCCAAAAGCUGAAGCUGCCGUAGCCGACGACGCAGACGCCCCCAAAGCCGCCGUCCCAAAAGUUGACGCUGCCGUAGCCGACACCCCCAAAUCCGACGCCCCCAAAGGCGACUUCCCCAAAGCCGAUUGCCCCAAAGCCGACUCCCCCAAAGCCGACGCCGAAAAAUCCGACGACGGCAAAGGCGACACCCCCAAAGCCGACUCCACCAAACCCGACGUUCCCACAGCUGACGCCCCCAAACCCGACGCCCCUAAAACCGACGCUUCCAAAACCGACGUCCCAAAAGCUGAAGCUGCCGUAGCCGACGACGCAGACGCCCCCAAAGCUGCCGUCCCAAAAGUUGACGACGGCAAAGGCGACACCCCCAAAGCCGACUCCACCAAACCCGACGUUCCCACAGCUGACGCCCCCAAAUCCGACGCCCCUAAAACCGACGCUUCCAAAGCCGACGUCCCAAAAGCUGAAGCUGCCGUAGCCGACACCCCCAAAUCCGACGCCCCCAAAGGCGACUUCCCCAAAGCCGAUUGCCCCAAAGCCGACUCCCCCAAAGCCGACGCCGAAAAAUCCGACGACGGCAAAGGCGACACCCCCAAAGCCGACUCCACCAAACCCGACGUUCCCACAGCUGACGCCCCCAAACCCGACGCCCCUAAAACCGACGCUUCCAAAACCGACGUCCCAAAAGCUGAAGCUGCCGUAGCCGACGACGCAGACGCCCCCAAAGCUGCCGUCCCAAAAGUUGACGACGGCAAAGGCGACACCCCCAAAGCCGACUCCACCAAACCCGACGUUCCCACAGCUGACGCCCCCAAACCCGACGCCCCUAAAACCGACGCUUCCAAAACCGACGUCCCAAAAGCUGAAGCUGCCGUAGCCGACGACGCAGACGCCCCCAAAGCUGCCGUCCCAAAAGUUGACGCUGCCGUAGCCGACACCCCCAAAUCCGACGCCCCCAAAGGCGACUUCCCCAAACCCGACGCCCCCAAAGCCGAUUGCCCCAAAGCCGACGCUGAAAAAUCCGACGACGGCAAAGGCGACACCCCCAAACCCAACGUUCCCACAGCUGACGCCCCCAAACCCGACGCCCCUAAAACCGACGCCUCCAAAGCCGAUGUCCCAAAAGCUGAAGCUGCCUUAGCCGACGACGCAGACGCCCCCAAAGCCGACGUCCCAAAAGUUGACGCUGCCGUAGCCGACACCCCCAAAUCCGACGCUCCCAAAGCCGAUUGCUCCAAAGCCGACGCACCCAAAGCCGACUCCCCCAAACCCGACGCUGAAAAAUCCGACGACGGCAAAGGCGACACCCCCAAACCCGACGUUCCCACAGCUGACGCCCCCAAACCCGACGUCCCAAAAGCUGACGCUGCCGUAGCCGACACCCCCAGGGUCGACGCUGCCAAAUCCGACGCUGCUAAAGCCGACGCUAACAAAGCCGCCGCUGCCAAAGCCGCCGCCGACAAAGCCGCUAAAGUCGCCGCCGACAAAGCCGCAAAAGCCGACGCCGCCGUUAAAUUAGCCGCUGCUAAAUUCACCGCCGCCAAAGCCGACGCUGUCAAAGCCAACGCCGAUAAAGUCGCCGCCGACAAAGCCGCAAAAGCCGCCAAUGCAGGUGUCGCCAAAGGCAGAGCCUCUAGAGUCUCCAUUGCUAAAGCACGCAAGGCUGCCGCCGCAGCUAAAGUCACCAUCGACAAAGCCGUAAGAGCCAACGCCGCCGCUAAAGUAGCCGCCGCGAAAUUCACCGCCGCCAAAGCCGACGCUAUCAAAGCCAACGCCGAUAAAGUAGCCGCUCACAAUGCCGCAAAAGCAGCAGCCAAAGACGCCGCGGUCAAAGCCGACGCCCUAAAACCCGACGCCCUUAAAGCAGACGCCCCCAAAUCCGACACCCCCAGGGUCGACGCUGCCAAAUCCGACGCUGCCAAAGCCGCCGCCGACAAAGCCGCUAAAGUCGCCGCCGACAAAGCUGCAAAAGCCGACGCCGCCGUUAAAUUAGCCGCUGCUAAAUUCACCGCCGCCAAAGCCAACGCUGUCAAAGCCAACGCCGAUAAAGUCGCCGCCGACAAAGCCGCAAAAGCCGCCAAUGCAGGUGUCGCCAAAGGCAGAGCCUCUAGAGUCUCCAUUGCUAAAGCACGCAAGGCUGCCGCCGCUGCUAAAGUCGCCACCGACAAAGCCGUAAGAGCCAACGCCGCCGCUAAAGUAGCCGCCGCGAAAUUCACCGCCGCCAAAGCCGACGCUAUCAAAGCCAACGCCGAUAAAGUAGCCGCUCACAAUGCUGCAAAAGCCGCAGCCAAAGACGCCGUGGUCAAAGCCGACGCUGCUAAAGUCGCAGUCGACAAAGACACAAAAGCCGCCGCCGCUAAACCUAAGAAUAAAUAAAAAAUAAACAGUAAAUCAAACAAUUCGCAAAAGAAAGAAGAUUAUGGUCGAAAACGUGAAUAAAAACGCGAAAACAGUGUUUCGCCUAUAAUUUGAUGUAAGUAAGAUUACAUUAGAAAAAACUAUGCAACUGAUGGAUUUCCCUUGAUCGCGACAAUAUUACAAAAAGCACAAUAAUUUUAAUUCUUUAAUAAAAUCUUUCACGAAAUGUAUAUAGGAGUCUCCAACGGCACAUUAUAUACAUACAUAUUAUACAUCGCAUAUGAAAAAAAAUUAAAAAUCUACUUUAAGCAUUUCAUUUGUAAGCGCAAUAAAUGCGUGAAAUAUCUUUGUAUUCAAUUAAAGUUUCAAAUAAUAAUUACAACAA